AGUUAAUAUCUUAAGGCAUCCAGCCUCUCAGGAGCAUUCAGGUGUGUCUGUUCUUUCAUUUCUUGACUGUGCAGUUACAAUGCAAACACCUUGGAAAGCCGCAGUUCUCGGAGUUACAGAAGAGGCUCUGUUUAGGAGAGAUUAGAAAAUGGCUGAUCCUGAACUAAGUCCUCCCGAAGAAGUAUCUCAAGAACUGGUGCUUAAGGACUCCAUACCUGUGGUGAACAGACCACCAAUCUGUGAAGAAGAGUGUGAAUGUGUAGGACUAAAGAAUGACAGGGAAAGUCUGUCAGAAUCUGAAAGAAAAGAUGGCUAUGACAAUGGUGAAGAGCUGGGAGACGACAGAACUAAAAAUGGAACCAAGGAGGAGCCUCCAGGUCCACCUGGCUCAAGUGAAGAAGCGGAUGCAGUGGAGGAAGAAGAGAUUCUUUGUGAUUUCUGCUUGGCUGAGAAGGUACAGGCAGUGAAAUCAUGUUUGACCUGCAUGGUAAAUUAUUGUCAGGACCACUUGCGGCCUCACCUGGAGAACAUCAAACUACAGACACAUAAGCUUAUGGACCCACGGAAGGAUAUUGACAUAGAGAGCUGCGAAGCCCACAGGGCACAUCUCAGUUGGUUCUGCCACACGGAUCUUGCUUGUGUCUGUGAGGAGUGCCUUGCUGAGGGACACCAGGAACAUAAAGUGGUUACUUGUGAGGUAGCCAGAAAAGAAAAGGAGUCUGAACUUCUUCAGCUCCAAGCAGAAUAUGACUGGAAACUGAAGUCAGCUGAAAAUGCAAUUGUUAAACUGCAGAAAAAUUCAGAGUCCAUAGUGAGUUCAGUAUCUGAAGUGAAAACUUCGGUGGAAGAGAAGUUUGAGGAACUGCUGCAAGCGGUCAAGAAGACUCACUCUGCCAUUUUAGCAUUCUUAGAGGAGAAGGAGCGUGCUGCAGUUAAUCAUGCAAAUGGAAUAAAGAUACACCUUGAGAACAAGCGGGUGACAAUGGAGGAAUGUAAGAACAGGUUAGAGAAGAUGGCCACACACACCAAUGACAUCAUCUUCCUAAAGGAAUACUGUGAAUUCAAGAAGAGUGUUGGAGAUGACACACUACCUAGUGUUUACAUUGGUCUCAAAGACAAAUUGUCUGGGAUCCGAAGGGUGGUCUCAGAGUCCACAGAGCACAUUCUACAGUUGUUGCAAACUUCCUAUAAGGAAAGAUUACAGGAAUUUGCCAAAGAUGAGGAUGCUGGCAUAAAAACUAUGGUGUCUGCAAUUGUUCCAUCCAAGCACCGCCUGUCAGCUCCAGAACCCCAAACAAGAAGUGACUUCCUCAAAUAUACAUGCCCACUGACAUUUGAUCCAGUUACGGCUCAUCGUUAUUUGAGGCUCUUGGACGAUAACCACAAAGUGACAAACACAACACCAUGGGAGCACUCAUACCCUGAUCACCCAGAGAGAUUUGAGCACUGGCGUCAAGUGUUGUCAGGCAAAAGCUUAUAUAUUGGGCGUUACUACUUUGAGGUGGAGAUCUUUGGAGCUGGAAUUUACAUUGGUAUGACCAACAAGAGCAUAGAUCGGAAAGGGUCAGAGAGUAACAGCUGCAUCUCAGGGAAUAACUUCUCCUGGUGCAUUAAAUGGAAUGGCAAGGAGUUCUCAGCUUGGCACAGUGAUAUGGAAAUACCCUUGAAAAGCCAGGGGUUCAGUAGGAUAGGAAUCUACCUGGAUUACCCCAGGGGUACCCUCUCCUUUUAUGGAGUCACUUCUGAAACCAUGCCUCUGUUACAUAAAUUUGAGUGCAAAUUUACUGAACCUUUGUACCCAGCCUUCUGGCUAUCGAAAAAAGAAAACAGCGUACGGAUUGUCAAGCUGCGGGAAGAGGCUGAGCAGAGUCCAGGACUUCCUCUUGCCUCUGGAGAAGCAUCUCCAGCCAUCACAGCUCUGGCAACAGAGAGUGACAUAGUGGCAAGUAUAAAGGUGGAUGAUCUGGGAGUAACCAAGUAACUGGGUGAUUUGACUGUGGACAAUUUCCUACCUGCUUGUGUACAAUUUGUAUAUUGUUAAAUAAAUUGUUCUUUGCAUAUACUUAAAAGUUUUGAUUGCUUGCUGUCUACUAGAUAUUUAAUCACCUCUAAACUGAGAAACAAAAUAACAAAUGGUUGGUGCUUACGUUUCUUUAAGUGGUGGGAUUGGGAAGAUUUUACUUAUCUCUGAAAUGAGCUUCCUUCUGAGAGAAACAUGCUGGAGUUUUGUGUUUUUAAAAAAUGCUGUACAGUGGGUCCUGGGCAUCUGCUGGAGAUUGGUUCUGGAUCCCCCAAGGAUACCAAAAUCAAUGGAGCGUGUUACAGAAAUCAAGACGAGAUGUUACCAGUGCAUGUACCACUGCUUCAAGGUCUUUUCGGUCCAGAUAGGGAUGCAGUUAGCGUAUCAACCAAAGUUGAUAGUAAGUACUCCAGAUGACAACUGCAAAGAUGAGUCCAGGAGUACUCCCAAACUGCGAAUGCAGUCCUUUAGGGUAAGUGUGACCCCAUCCAGGACUGGUUGACAAAUUUCCUUCCCUGGACUUGGGUUCCUACUGCAAGAACCUCUGUUUUCUCUAGAUUCAGCUUGAGUUUGUUUUCCCUCAUCCAGCCCAUUACAGAUUCAAGACAAGCAUUCAGAGGAGAGAUGCCAUCCUUAGUCUCUGCAGCAGUCGGAGAGAUAGAGAAGCAUAUUUGGGUGUUAUCAGUGUACUGAUAACACUGCUUCACAUGUCUCCAGAUUAUCUCGCCCAGCGGCUUCAUGUAAUUGUUAAACAGCAUUGGGGAUAGAAUCGCUCCUUUAGGGACACAUGAUUUGAGCCCCCCUCUUGGCUGAAUAGCUGUCCCCAAGCCUCACCAUCUGGAAUCUGCCUGUGAGGCAGGACCUGAACCACUGCAACGCAGUGCCUCCGAUACCUU